AAGGCGGUACGACUGUCAAUUGUGUUGCCUGUUCUUGUCAAAAGUCGGCUGUUGUUGCAGUUGGGUUCCUCCGAGACGAGCACAGAAGCUGUGUUCAGUCAGAGCAACCCGCUCCGCACCGACGCAUGGACGGAUCCGCUCUCGACGCAAGCCGCUGCGGAAGUUAGCUCCUUUCUGCACUUUGACAUCGGUGUGUUUUAGGGGGAGAAGAGGAGUGACAUCAGGGUGGUUUUGGGGUAGCCGUGUUGUAGCCAACGCUGGAUUGUUUUCAAACACCCCCCCCCCCCCACCAACAUCACGUCGCGUAGGCGAGAUUAUUUCACGAACUGGAGCUUUAUACGUUUUAAUGAUUCAUAAACUGUCAUCCCCGCCUCGAGAACAAGCAAGCGAGACAGCCAGACUGGGUAUGGUGAAGACUUGUUGCGCGCAUCCGGGGAGCGCACCAGUAGUGCCCAGUUUUAAUCCAAGUCGCCUCUGUACCUGUGUGCGUGUGAUGCUCUGAUUUCAGCAGGACUGUCAUGAGUGAAGCAGGAGUGAACUGAAGUCGGUCACUGAUCGGAAGCUGAUCGGUCACUAUGAGAAUCUGUUCAUUUUAACGACAUUGGAGAGAUUAGUUUCCUCCAGUCUGUCUGAGAGGCUGCUGCUUUAGGAAAACCCAUUCUUCCUUUGAUAAAUGGCAUCCACGUGCAGCCAAGUCAAACUUUAUUCGGGUCAGAUCCGACGACUUGAUUAAUUUUUCCCACCCAGUGUUUUAUAAGUCGAGCCCUACCUUUUUUGCCUUUUCCAGUCGACAUGUCUGAGCGCGAUGGAGACGGGCUGUGCAGCGACGGAGCGCCGGAGUUCGUCCCGCCGAGAGCGUCCCGCGGCCGGCGAAGCGGGGUCACCCUCCCCGGUGGCGGCCAGGACACCGACACCAUUCUCCUGGAUGCGGUGAAGGCAGCACCUCGCCGGAGCAGCAUCAUCAAGGAUCCCUCAGUGCAGAAGGUGGGCGGGGGCAGGAAGAAGACUGUGUCCUUCAGCAGCAUGCCCUCUGAGAAAAAGGUGAGCAGUGCGGCGGACUGUUUGGCGUUCAUGCAGGGCGGCUGUGAACUGAAGAAGAUUCGUCCCAAUUCCAGAGUUUACUGUCGCUUCUUCAUGCUGGAGCCCGACCUCAGCUGCUUACGCUGGGAGCCGUCCAAGAAAGACGCGGACCGGGCUCGGCUGGACGUCUGCAGCAUCAGAGAGGUCCGCACCGGGAAGAGCACCGAGACGUUCCUUCAUAACGGCCCUCUCUCCGAGCACCUGGCCGAGGAAGCAGCCUUCUCCAUCAUCCACGGAGACGACUACCAGUCUCUGGACUUGGUGGCAUUGUCGGCAGACGUGGCCAACAUCUGGGUGACGGGCCUCCGCUACCUGCUGGCCCACCCGUCAGUCAUUGGGGGUGCCGGGGGAGGAGGUGGAGGGGGAGUAGGGGGGCUGGUAGAAGGAGGGGGCGUGGCAGUAGAUGGCACCCUGGGAGAGAAGAUGAGGGGUGAGUGGCUGGCAGCCGAGUUCGCCCAGGUGGACGAAGACGGCUACGGCAUCGUGUCAGAGGACGUGGCCGUCGCCACCAUCUGUAAACUCUGCCCCGGUAUCAAGGAAGCCAAGGUGCGUCUACGUUUUAAGGAGAUCCAGCGUAGCAAGGAGAAGCUGACCUCCCACGUGACCCGCGAGGAGUUCCACGAGGCCUUCUGCGAGCUCUGCACCCGGCCCGACGUCUACUUCCUGUUGGUGCAACUGUCCAAGGACCGCGAGUGUCUGGACCCUCAGGACCUGCGCCUCUUCCUGGAGACGGAACAGGGUUUGUCCCUGGCGACCACCGAGGGCUGCUGGGAGAUCCUGAGGCGCUACGAGCCCUCGGCCCAGGGCAGGGAGAGGGGGCUGCUGGGUCUGGAUGGAUUCGCCCGCUACCUGCAGUCCCCUGAGUGCCAGCUGCUUGACCCAGAGCACCUGGGGGUCUGUCAGGACAUGAACAUGCCUCUGUCCCACUACUACAUCAGCACCUCGUACCGCUCCUACCUGCUGGAGGACCAGGUCCACGGCCGAGCGGACCUCGGAGGCUUGAUCAAGGCUCUGCAGUCGGGCUGUCGGUGCGUGGAGCUGGGAGUGACCGACGGCCCGGAGGGGGAGCCUCUCCUCGGGGUCGACUACGGGCCGGAAAUCCCCCGCCACCACCAUCACCACCACCACCACCACCACCACCAUUCACCUGUCACUAUCCGCUCUGCUCUGGAGGUGGUCAAUAAGUACGCCUUCCUGACCUCUCAGUACCCGCUCCUGCUGUACCUGUGUCAGCGUUGCUCUUCGGGCCAGCAGCGCACCAUGGCACAGCACCUGAAGAAAGUGUUUGGUGCCCGUCUUUACACCCCAGAGGCCCUCCCUUUCAGCCUUGGAGGGCGUGCAACAACCUUACCCUCCCCUGAGCAGCUGAAAGGACGCAUCCUGUUAGUGGGGAAGAAGCUGUCACCGGAGCAGGACGGCUCCGACGGGGAGAUAUCUGAGGAGGAUGAGGAGAUAGGGGGAGGCGGGCCUCUGGCGGGGCGGCGAAUGACCAUCCCUGGCGAAGAAGAACUGGGCGUGGUCUUGGUGGUGCCUCCACCCUCACAACCCAGGAAGCUGCGCCUCCACAAGGAGUUGUCAGACUUGGUGGCGAUCGCUCGCACGGGCAGCCGGAGCUUCUACGCGCAGCGAGCCAGCCACAGGCAGGCCCAGCAGCACUCGCCGCCCAGCAGCCCCUCCUCUCCCAGCACGCCGAUGCCCCCCGAGACGCCCUAUUGGACGCUGUGCUCGCUUGGCGAGGGAGAGGCCGGCCGGCUGACCACUGAGAGCCCAGAGGACCUGGUGAUGUUCACCAAGCGCACCCUGACCAGGGUACGGCCCAGUUCGGUGCGUCUGGACUCCAGUAACCCCAACCCACAGGGAUACUGGAAAGGAGGGGUCCAGCUGGUGGCUUUGAACCAGCAGACCCCCGGCGCCAUGCUGGACCUUCACAGAGGCCGCUUCUCACAGAACGGGGGGUGCGGUUACGUUGUCAGACCAGCUGUGAUGAGGGACGAGGUGUCGUAUUUCAGCGCUCAUACGCAGGGCUGCGUGCCAGGAGUGCCAGCACAAACUCUACGGAUCAAGGUGAUCAGUGCCCACAACCUGCCCAAGCCUCUGGGAUCAGGCUCUAAGGGAGAGGUCAUCGACCCGUACGUGGUCCUGGAGCUGCAUGGCGUUCCGGCAGACUGCGCUGAGCAGCGGACCCGCACUGCUGCUCAGAACCAGGACGACCCGUUGUUUGAUGAGACCUUUGAGUUCCAGGUAAACAUGCCGGAGCUGGCCUUGCUGCGCUUUGUGGUUUUAGACGACGACUACAUCGGAGACGAUUUCAUCGGCCAGUACAGCGUGGCCUUCGAGUGCCUUCAGCCCGGCUACCGCAAUGUGCCCCUGCUAGGCAUCGCGGGAGACCCCUUACCCCACACCAGCCUGUUUGUCCACGUGGCGGUCACCAACCGGCGAGGAGGCGGGAAGGCCCAGCGGCGAGGCCUAUCGGUGAGGAGGGUGGGGAGGCGAGGGCGGGAGUACGUCAUGCUGAGGCACACCGGCAUCAAGGUGGUGGAUGAGUCCUUCAAACUGGCUACUGCGCCCCUCAAAGAGGCUACGGACCUGCGGGAGGAGGCUCAGAGCACCACCGCCAGCUUCAAAGAACAGUGUGGGCUCCCCACGGUGGCCAAACUGAAGCAGUGCAUCCAGAGCCUGACGACGAGGCUGCAGAGCCCCGAGGGCACCAUGGGGGCCAGCAUGGUCCUGAAGGAGGGAUACCCAUGCCUGGAGCCUCAGGUCAACCUCUCAGAGCCGACACGUAAACUGCUCUCUGCCUAUGACACGAUGAUUGCCGCCCAGAAACAGCUGAUCGAGAACGCAGACGGUGUUCAGGAGAGGAUCGGCCACGUGCAGAGAGAAGGAAUGGACUACCACGAGGAACUUUCCCGGCUUGGGGAGAAGGAGGGACUGAAGGGACGCAAGCUGAGCAAAGCUGUGGAGAGUUUCACCUGGAACAUCACUGUGCUUAAGGGUCAGAGCGAUCUGUUACGCGGAGCUAAGAUGGAUUCCCUGGAUGCCCUGAGGCAGCUGGCUCUGGCCUGCGAAGCCUGCGGACUUACCUCCUCCAACUCUUCGGCCUCCACCUUCUCCACAGCCGAGCUGCACUACUCCUCCCACCCUCUGUCCGGCCGCCGAAGCAGCACACACGGCAACGGACGCAUCUAAAACGCCACCCCCACCCACCCUGUAUCCAGCGAGCUGCCAAAGAUGAAAAGGGAGUGGGCUGGGUAAUUACAAAGUGGUAACACAGAUAAGGAAAUAUGAGCGAGAAUGAGGAUUUUCUCCCUUUUAUACAGUUCAGUGUGUGUCUAGACUAGCCUAGACCAGAGCAGUGUAUCUGUUGAAGCCUUAUGGUCACGUAAUCACUGAAGGUCCGGCCUGCCGAAAUGCUUUUCACAAGAAAAACUCUCCACAUGGGUUCUUGGACUUUUGACGGCUCCUGCUUGUUUUGCUGUGAGAAAAGAAACGUGUCAUUCAACCUUCACCUUUGUAACUUUGCCGGUUUUUCCCUAUUGACAGACCCACAUACCAAUAAACCCAAGAACUCACAGACACCUGAAGAAUGUGUGACAACCUGAUGGUGCGGUGCAGAAUGGAGGAGAUGUCGAGUUGAAGGGACAAGUUAUUCUCAGCCCCAGCGUUUCAGCUUGUCCCCUGGGAAGGCAACAAGAUUACCUGUGUGUGUGUGUGUGUGUGUGUGUGUGUUUGUUUACACUGUUGCAAUUGGUAGAAGAUGCUUUAAGAGAUUGAUUGACAGCAUCUGUCCCAU